UUUAAAAUGCUGUCAAGUCGAUUAAAAAUAUAAAUUUUAGAAUAUUAAAUAUUUGUAUUCGAAUGUGAUAGAACAUUUGCCCUUUUAAUUAAUUUUUUGUCGUUUAAAGAAUUGUGAAUUAUAUAGAAAAUGGAUACUGAUGAUUGUGAAAUAACAAACAUAAACACGAUAAAAGAAAUGAUACUUGAUGAAGAAAAAUUAGUGACGUACAUCAGCAUCAGCAAGGAUCUUUGUAUUCAUGUGAAUAAUAGUAAAAAACUGCUGUGGAGUGCUGUGCAACAAAUUCGCGAAGAAAACCCUCGAAUCCAACUCAAUAUCAGCUACAUAAUUUCGGGUUUGUGUGCCAAUAAAACAGCUGCCACAACAUUGUGCACAGAAAAAGAAUUGGACGAAUUACGAAAAACAUUCGAUACUAUAUUUUUUUAUCAUGUUUAUAGUGUGAGUAAGGGAAGUUCAGGCGUAGAUCAUGUUGCAUUGCUAUUGUUAAACAAAUAUGAAGAUUACAGUUUGUGUUCAGGUACAAUACGGAGUAAACACUGUAUCAAAAGAACUUCUGAUGAAUUAGGUAAUCUGAAGAGCCAUAGCCAGGAAGCUGUAGUUCUUCAAGAUAAGCCAUCAACUGUUGCAAAUAAGAAACUUAAACAAGAACCGAAGGAAACAGAAUCAUCAAUAGUAAAUAUCAAACCAGAACAAAUAAAAGCAGUGAACCUAACAGAGAUUAAGCCUGAAACUAAAAUCAAAGUUGGAGUUCCAUCUCCUAAGAAGGACUCAAGUAUUAAACAAAAUAAUCAGAAGACAAAUGGAAUUAAGCCUCAAAAAGGGAUUGCAUCCUUCUUUAAUAAGUCCAAUGGUGUACAAAACAGUAAAAUUACCAAUAACACAAACAAGAAAUCAGCCAAUGCUGUACAAAAUAAAGAUAUUCCUAAUGAACCUGAAGAUUGUAAAGUUGAUGAUGAAAAAAUGGACAUAGAUAAUGGAAAUUGUGAAAAUGGAAUUAAGAUAGAAAAAGAGGUUAUUACUAAAAAACCAAAAAAAGAAAUAGAAAUCAAAGAAGAAAAGCGAAGCUCUAAAAAUAAACCAGUUACUGAAGAGAAAAAUAAAGCACUUAAUAAAAUCAAGAAAACCUCUAAAGUAGACAAGAAAAGAAAGAGAGUUUUGCAUGUUUCAGACAGUGAGGGUGAUGAAGACAAUGACCCAUUCUGUGACACUGAAGAAACUAAUAAUAUAAACAAUGAGUCUGAUGAUGAGAUUCCUCCAACUCCUUCAGCCAACAUUAUAAAAAUAACAUCUGGGAUAGUAAAUCCCAAAAAAAGAAGAAAGGUUGUUGACAAAACAUAUACUGAUGAAGAUGGGUAUAUAUUAACCAAAAAAGAGGAAGUCUAUGAAAGUUGUUCAGAAACUGAGGAUGAUGUUAAAACAGUUAAAGAUGUGAAAAUAGAAAAAGAUGUGAAAAAAGAAAAAGAUACAAAAAAAGUAGAGUGUGAUGUAUCACCUAUCAAAAACAAGAAAAAUAGUCCAAAAAAGUCUAAAAAGAAAAUAUCACCACCUCAGAAAGGAAAACAGCCAACUCUUAAUAGUUUUUUCAAUAGAAAAUAACAAUAUUGUUAAAUGAUUCUUGGGAUCAUGUUUUUGAUUUUAAAAAUAAUUGUUUGUUAUACAAAUUAAGUUUCAUAAAUAAUAAAAAGUAAUUUUGAAGUA